CUCUCUCCCAGUAUCUACACGCCCAGUCAGAGAACACACACCCUGGAGGCUGCAGCCUGUGUCUCACACUACGUGUGAACUCGAGUAUCAGACGGAAUCAAAGCAGCAGCCUCUCCUCAUCUUCCUCAUCUACCUCACCAUGCUGAAGAAGACUCUGUGGGUUCUCGCUCCUGCUCUCGUGUUUCCUCCCAGUUAAACUCGUGUCUGACUUGUUGGAUCAGACGGAGAAAGACGUCGCCAUGGGAGGCAGAGCUGCACCUGGACGCGACGACGACUACUCCCUCGUCAGUCCCCUUGUCAAGUAUCUGCUGUUCCUCUUUAACUUCUUAUUCUGGAUCAUCGCCCUGGUGAUGGUGUCGAUCGGCGUGUACGCUCGCAUGAUGAAGCACGCAGAGGCAGCACUGGCCUGUCUGGCAGUGGACCCUGCGGUAAUGCUGAUGGUGGUGGGGGUCCUCAUGUUCAUCCUCACCUUCUGUGGCUGCGUGGGCUCCCUGAGAGAAAACAUCUGCCUCCUGCAGACAUUCUGUGUCUCUCUGACCUUGAUCUUCAUGCUGCAGCUCGUCGCUGGAAUCCUCGGCUUCGUCUUCUCUGAUACGGCCCGGGGCAAAGUGACUCAGAUGAUCAACAACGCCAUCGUCCACUACAGAGACGACAUCGAUCUACAGAACAUGAUCGACUUCGGUCAGAUGGAGUUUGGCUGCUGUGGGGGGGUGGCGUACAACGACUGGUCCCAGAACAUGUACUUCAACUGCAACGUGACCAACCCCAGCAGAGAGCGCUGUUCUGUCCCCUUCUCCUGUUGCAUCAUAUCCAGAGACAAGGAGGUUGUCAACACCAUGUGUGGCCAGGGCAUGCAGGAUUUAGAGUACGUCGAAGCUGGAAACCACAUCUACACCAAUGGCUGCAUAGAUAAAUUAGUCAACUGGAUUCACAGCAACAUGUUCCUACUGGGAGGUAUCGCACUGGGAUUGGCUAUUCCACAGCUCGUUGGGAUCCUCUUGUCCCAGAUUCUCAUCAACCAGAUCAAAGACCAGAUCGUGCUGCAGAACUACAGCGCCAAACACCGCAGUGACCCGUGGAGCUGACCCAGACCCGGUCCUGGAGCGUGACACCCUGACCGUGGUGAUACGAGCAGCUGGAGGAAGACGGGGAGAAUUCAUUAAAGAAAAACAUCUGUCGGCCUCGUAUGAGCAUCUCCUCUCGUUCCUGUUGGAGGAAAGUGGAACCAAAUGGACAUAUAGAACUCUGUCGCCACCCACUGGACACAGACCAUGCCUGCAUUUACCAAACAUUUCAUAGCAGGGGCAGAGCCAAGGGUCAUACUGACGGAAUUAUAUUGACAUUAAAUCAACAACUGGUGUCACUAUAAUCGACAAACCAUCUUUUAUAGUUCCUUCUUCAAUGAGAUGCCAAACUGGAGCAGGAGUUAUUUAAACGUCUUCACUGUCAUGCAUCCCCAAGAACUUUUGGACUGUAUACAGAUGCACACACAGGCAGACAAAAUUGUAAGCUAUAAAAAACAAUACAAAUAUAUAAUGAAAAAUAUGAAAAGAGUCUGAAAUCAGCUGCACUGAUAGCAUAUCAUGUCAUGUCGACAAAAAUAAACAUUAAUGAUGUUCACAA